AUGAAUACCAGUAGAAAACGUAAACAUGAAAAGGAUGUAGAUGAAUUAGAACAAAGUAAAAAGAAUUUAAAAAUAGCUAAUAAUAAAGGAAUUCAUAAAAAAAAUGACAAAUCUAAAACGAAUAAUUAUAUGCAAAUUCCUCAAAAGAAAAAUGAUAAUAAGCAACCGUCUAAAAAGUUGGAUAGUUUUAGUAAUAGGAAAAUUCCUCAAGAGAAACCAGAUAAUGAUGAUUCUUUUAAAAAGAAUUCAAAAAGAAAUAAAACUGAUUCGAAUUUGAUCGAAUUCCGAAAAGAGUUACCAAUUUGGCAAGAGCGGAGUAAUUUGGUACAAGCACUAAUAGAAAAUGAUACUAUUAUUAUUAUGGGAGAAAUGGGUAGCGGAAAAAGCACUCAAACACCACAAUUUCUGGUUGAAGCUGGUUUGGUUACAUUAAAAAAAGGAAUUAUUGCUAUAUCUCAACCAAGACGUGUUGCCGCCAUAAGUUUAGCCAGUAGGGUAUCACAGGAAUUUGGUACAAAAUUAGGACAAAAGGUUGGAUAUUCGGUACGAUUUGAUGAUAAAACAUCGCAUUCUACUUUAAUGAAAUACUUGACGGAUGGAAUGUUAUUAAGAGAAUUAUUAUCAGAUCCAUUAUUAUUAAAAUAUUCAACAGUAAUAUUAGAUGAAGCACAUGAAAGGACAAUGCGUACAGAUAUUCUUUUUGCCAUGGUUAAAAAAGCUCAAGAAACUAGGAAAAAUUCAUUCAACCAAAAAGACAAAAAGUAUGAGCCAUUAAAAAUCAUUAUUAUGAGUGCUACACUUGAUGCUACGAGGUUUGCUAAAUAUUUCAACACGUGGUACAGUUCUAUAAUAUUGAAGAUUCCUGGAAGACAAUUUCCUGUUACGAUUAAUUAUGCUUCAGAACCACAAUCAGAUUAUUUGGAUGCUGCUUUAACGACCACAAUGCAAAUUCACAUGGAUCAGCCUAAGGGUGAUAUCUUGGUAUUUUUACCUGGUCAAGAAGAUAUUGAAAUUCUUGAAAAAUUGAUUAAUGAUUAUGGUACUUCGCUUCCCCCGGAUAAAUUAAAGGUUAUUACGUGUUUGCUUUUUGCUGCUUUACCUACAGAACAGCAGACCAAGGUAUUUAAUUUCACACCACCUGGAACACGUAAAAUAAUACUUGCAACAAAUAUAGCAGAAACCUCAAUUACGAUUAGAGGCGUUCGUUAUGUCGUUGAUACCGGAAAAUGCAAAAUACGUAAAUUUAAUGCCAAAAUUGGUAUGGAAAGUUUAUCGAUAGAGAAUGUUUCAAAAAAUUCAGCCGAUCAAAGGUUGGGAAGAGCUGGUCGUGAGGCACCAGGAAUUUGUUAUCGCCUUUUUACUGAAGAUGAAUAUAAUAAAAUGGAAAGAAACACCGAACCUGAGAUCAAGAGAUGUAACCUUUCAUCUGUUAUCUUGUUGUUAAAAGCAUUAGAUAUAGAUGAUGUAUUAGGAUUUGAUUAUAUGGAUCCACCGUCAAGAACUUUAUUAAAAAAGGCUUUGGAACAUUUAUACAUUCUUAAAGCUCUUAAUAAUCAAGGAAAAAUAACAGAGCUUGGUAAAAAAAUGGCAGAAUUCCCGCUUGAACCAUCUUACGCAAGAGUUCUUAUAGCAUCACAGGAACUGUCAUGUACACGUGAAGCAAUCGAGAUUGUUUCAUUACUUUCAGUUGAUUCAAUAUUUUUUUCACCACAAGAUCAAAGAGAAUACGCAAGUGAUGCGAAAAAGAAAUUUAUGUCACCAUUCGGAGAUUUAAUUACAUUUCUUAAUGUAUUGAGAUCAUACGAAGCACAAAAAGGAAAUUCUGAAUGGUGUUAUCAAAAUUUUAUUAAUAGGCGUAACAUGAAACACGUCAUUGACGUGAGAAAACAGUUAAUUCAAUUAUGCACAAGAAUGGGAAUACCAACUAAUAGCUCUUGCGGAAACGAAUAUGAAAUAGUUUUAAAAUGUAUGUUAUGUGGAUUUUUUCGUAAUUCUGCUAUAUUACAACCUACAAACAAUUACAGGACCGUUUUUAGUAAUCAGAGCGUGAAUAUACAUCCAUCUUCUACCUUAUUUAAUAAAAAAUUGGAAGCAGUCAUGUAUACUGAAUUGGUGUUGACUACGAGACCUUAUAUGAAAAACGUAUCUGCAAUUCAAAGUAAUUGGCUAUAUGAUACCGCACCAAAUAUUCAACAAUAA